GGCGUGUAAGAGAAACCCAACUUCCCGGCCUUCAUGUGUCCUGUUUCAAGAAAGGAUUUUUGCUGAAAAAUAGCGUAAAGGUUCUGAACUAAUCUCUUGUGGAUGGAACUGAAUGUGUGACAAAUAUGGAUGACAGUCCAACAUCCAGCCCAAACUCUAGCCCGAGUCCUGACGCGCUGACUUCAGACCGAAGACGCGGGCGCGUGCUUUCUGCAGGCGGAGGUCUUGGGACCAGGGGGAGACCGGCAGCAGCCAACGCUGCGCGCGAGCGGAGUCGCGUUCAGACCCUCAGACACGCGUUUCUGGAGCUCCAGAGGACCCUGCCAUCGGUACCACCCGACACCAAACUGUCCAAACUCGACGUGCUUAUAUUAGCCACUACUUACAUAGCCCAUCUGACCAAAACACUGCAGGAAGAGGGCAUGGAAGAAGGAGACGGCGCAAAACGAAGCGAACCGUUAAAUUCACUUAAAGGCGGCGGUUACCUGCAUCCUGUCAAAAAAUGGCCCAUGCGCUCAAGGUUGUAUAUCGGUGCCAGUGGCCAGUUCCUGAGUAACUCGGGCCAGAAUGAAAAUCAAGGAGCAUCGUCAUCCUCAUCCCAGACAUAAUUCAUCUGUGCACAAUUCUUUCUUUAAAAUAAAGUGAAGGUUUAAAAUGUUUUUUUUUUUCAAGAUGUUUGCAGAGCCAGGCAUGUAGGCCAUUUCUGUUAUAAGCGCGCUGAACUGUCUAAAUGAGUCGCGCUCUGCAAAGGAAAUACAACUAUUAUUUCAUUUUUGAAAUGAGUACAAACAGGAAGGAACAAAUGCAUGGCGAUUGUUUUGCUGCGCGUUUACGGCACACUUACAUGUAACCUAAUUAUUUGUCAUUUGUACAUAAUUUGUAUAUACUCUAACGUGAUUUUGUCUUCAUGAACAGGUAAGGGUCUCUGUCUUUGCAAAUGUCUGUCUUUUAGUUCCGUUCUUAGAGGUUUUUGUGUAGCUAUGUCGGGAUAAUGAGCUGUCAUGGUUGACUUGUUGGCUAUGCACUUUCAGUUAAAGUAUUUGCACUAAAUGCAUGUGUGAAUAACGCUACAUCUGUCAUGUGAAGAGGUCUGUCAGGAUCACAACAAUGGUUGAAAUAAGUCUAGCAGAAACCCUGCUCUUUCCUUUCACAUACACGGUUGUCGGUGUAUUUGUAGAUUGUAAGUAAAUUAAAAAUAAAAAAGACAUAUUUUAAAACU